AUGGCGCACCACGGGACGAAAGAGUGGGCUGAAACCAGACAGCCACCCUCGAGCCUCUUGCGUCUUGUCGAUAAGAACCGGGCAUGCACACACAAAAGAGAAAGCAAAUGGAAACGAAUGAAAGAUGAAAGACUGAAAACAAACAAAGAUCGACAAGUCCGUCUCUCGCUUCGGCUUUGCGUACGGUGCCUGACAAAUUUCUCCUAUUCGAGAGACUUGUCUCCGUCACUUUUCCCUCUGCUCGUUCUUCUUCUCUCCUUCCUCUUGUCUUCCUCGACGCGUCAUCUUUCUCCCUUUCCUUCCUCUUCCUCCCCUCCUUCUUCGUCGUCUUCGUUCGUUUCCUCCGUUCCCGGACCGUCCGCUUCCAAUUUGCCCCGCCAAGAUGGUGGUGAUUGUGCUGCGCAUGAAAGCCGAGCUGGAAAACGUCGAGAGCGUGGAGAUCCCCGCAGGUCACACUUGGUGAAGCAACCAGCUGGAGAAGACGUGCGCGAGCGCGUCACCGUGUCUGAAUCCGAGACACAAGAAAUCCCGAACAGCAGAGGUGCAUCCGGUGUUCUGGGGUGUGCUUUCUCGCGAUACCCGCAGGUGAAAAACGUCACGCGGCGUACGUACACAGCAGAGGACAGCGGGAAGUUUGUUCCCGUGGUCGCUUUUGAGUGCCGAGGAGUGGAGCCAGUGAAGUGGUACCCUGCAGACGGCUACGUUGUGAAGAGCAAGAAAGCAACCUUCAGAGACGUCGAGCUUUCCGAAGACUGGGUGGACUACGACCAGGACGCCAACCUGUCAGUCGGCAUCUACAACGUGGAGUGGGAGUUCCAGGUGUUGCGAUGA